CUUCUAUAGAGCAAGCUGGUCCUGUGAGUGAAAGAAGAUGGGGUCAGGCUGUCUGAAAGUUACCAAGUAUUUCCUCUUCCUCUUCAACCUCCUCUUCUUUAUCCUGGGUGCUGUGAUCCUGGGCUUUGGAAUAUGGAUCUUGUUUGACAAACUCACUUUCAUAUCAGCUUUGAAGACUUCAUCAGACUCGUUUAAGAUUGGGGCAUACAUCCUCAUUGCAGUUGGGGCUGUUACCAUACUGAUGGGCUUUCUGGGCUGUAUUGGAGCUGUCAAUGAGAUCAGAUGUCUUUUGGGUGUGUACUUCACCUGCCUGCUGUUGAUCUUCCUGGCUCAGAUUGCUGCUGGGCUGCUCAUCUAUUUCCAGCAAGACAGAGUAAAAAAUGAAAUGUCCACCGUGGUCCAAAGCUUGAUUCAGGACUACGACCCUGACAAUGAAGAGAAAAAGAACAUCCAGGAUGCAUGGGACUAUGUGCAGAAACAGCUGUAUUGCUGUGGCUGGAAUGGACCAAAAGAUUGGAUGAAUAACACACUCCUCAAAAAUGAAAGCUACGUAUCCUAUCCUUGUUCCUGCUUUUCCAACGAUUCAUCUUCUGGCUUCUGUACAAUGGACACUGCUAAUGGCACACUGGGCUCUGACUGGUGGCCUGUCCAUUCUAAGGGCUGCAUGGAUGGUGUGCAGAGCUGGUUAAGUGACAACCUUGGCAUCAUUCUUGGGGUGUGCACAGGAGUUGCUGCUAUUGAGCUGUUGGGCAUGCUGCUAUCCAUCUCACUCUGCAAGAAUAUACACAAUGAAGACUACACCAAAGUGCCAAAGUCCUGAGUCUGUUGACCCCAGCGCUGCCACACCAUAGAGCGGAGCAAAUGAAACAUUCCUGCCUUGUACCCAGGCUGUUCAGUCAACAUUGAAUAUUACUCCUGUGACAUCACACACUGCUAACACCACACUGCUAAGCAACUAUUGGAGCUGCAACAUGAUCUGAAUCUUCCUGUGACACCUGCAGGCCCUGGGCUACCCUUUCCUGUGUUUUUGAUGCUCUGAGGCAGGCCACUUAUCAGGGCAUCGCAUGAUGCAAGUUCAGCCUGAGGGAGAGGGUGGGGGGUGGGUGGGGUGGGAAGGAUUUGCUGCCUGGCCUAUGUUUAUGCAACCCUUUCCCAAUCUCCAUUCUCUGCUAGCCUAUUUGGUAUAACACAGCAUAGAAGAUUCUUCCUCCUCCCCCACUAGAUCUAAGACCCCCCCCAGUAAAUCCUCAGGAAGCUUCAGAGCUUGGCUUGCUGGUAGUGAUGCCUCGGAGUGACCACACAACUCCGCUUUUUUUUCUCUCACACCAACCAUUGCCCUUGGUUAGUUCUCCCUUUUUUUGAGGGGGGAGGUAAACCAAAUACUGCCUUUCACACACAUGCACUCUUUCUCUUCCUCAUUUGACCAGUGGAUAGAUAUCUCUAGAAAGAGUCGAGCCUGGCCAUUCCAAGUGUGGCCCCCUCAGCUUGUGACACAGCUGCUGAGCUGCUCUUGGAACAGGUGCAUGUGGGUUUUGGACUUCAUUAGCUGCAUGUCCCUCUCAUCAGCUGCCCCUUUACUGGCUCUGAGGCACUUUAGAGACUUGUAUAGUAUGGGCUCAGCCCAGGCUGGCUUUGCUGGUUGUAUUCUUGGGCUGCCAACUUUUAUAGAAGUGAUUUUUAUGUAUUUGCUGACUUUUAUAGAUCUGUGAUUUGUUAACUCUCACUUUUAAUCAUGUUAAAAUGGAAGUAUCUGUUGGAUUACUGGCUCUGUACCAAGGGUAGGGUGGUGGGGGGGCACCACUCCCAUUGGUGUCUUGAUUUAUGGACCCUUUUCUGGACUCGCUGAUCAAGAGCCCCUUUCCUACCUGUAUCUGGCCUGCUGGUUAAGUGGCAUAAGGUAUGGAAUCCUUGAUGCUGGUGCCUGGAUCAUACGUGUCCUGUAAAAGAUAGUGGUUUCAGCAGGUAUGCCAAUAGCAGUCUCUGCGUUGGUACAGGGAAACCCUAUUCUGUACCAGACAGCAGGAUCAUGGCCUUGAUUCUGACUGACCAGCAGCACUUACAAGAACUGACAAGUUGGUGGUCUAGAUAAAAGAUUCCCUCUUCCUUCCUUCCUUUUAGAAGCUGUGUUGGAAUCAACAGUCACACAGUAGCAUAAAAGGCUUGGAAAUGGGUGACUUCCUGCAGCGGUGCAUGGAAGUCAUUGUCUUAAAGGAGGUAAAAAGACCUUUUAUUUAGACUCUAGCCCUGGAGGGGAAAGAGACUAUCUUAAUUCUGGAUACAGGGUGCCUGAUAGGCAAGUAUACCUUCUUAAUGUGUACCAUGGUUCCAGGGAUGGUAGGGACCCCUUGUGCAAUGUCUUGGGAAUAGUCUGUAUAUGCCAGGUGCUAGCUGCUUGUUUUUUUGUGUUUUUUUUUUUUUUUUUCCCUUCUAGCAAGGGAGAAGUUGGAAGUUUUCCCCCACUCCACUCUCCCAAGGAUGGGGGGCUUGGCAGCAAAGCUAAAAACUGAAAGAGCCAUAUUAGCUAGGCUCCCUCUUCACCAAGGAUAUAAUCCUUCCAGGGGCAAUUAUGCACAGGUAGGCAGUUGGCAUGGGGAAGGUUGCGCUUUCUUUGCUUAGACUCUGUUGUGAUCUCCCUCCUCUGAACAGAUCUCCUCCAGCUGAACAUUUUGCUUUUGGGGGGACGUGCCAUUUCCUUUUCCUGAUAUUAGUAAAGUUAGCAUUGACCCCUUAUCUCUUGCACUAAGACUCGUUCCCUCCUGUGUUUUUAUUUGUUCGGUUCUUGUUCUCUGUUUUUGAUUUCCCAGUGCUGAGCAGAAAGAAAAUGGAGCCCCCUGCUGGGUUUCUUCUUCUCUCCCUCUUCCUCUCCCCCCCCCCUCCCCCCAACUUUUUAAGGAAGCUCUUCCCACUGGAAGAAAUGCAUGUACAGAUUUAAAAAAUAUAUAGGGUGGGGUAUUUCUAUAAUAAAGAGAUUGGCUAAAAAAAAAAAAAAAAA